GUAUGUUAAGAUGUUCUGUAUUGGUGAGAGCUAUUGAGACUUUCGGGACUCUCAUAGUAGCGGGACUGACACAUCACUCCUGAUAAUGAUUGCAUACAUUCUGUAUACCGUUAUCACGGGUUUGGCAGUUUUGCCAUUAUUGCUUUACUUGAGAAACCCUUAUUUUUUGAAAGAUUUGAGUUACGCAGUUACUGCAAUUCAAAUCGGUAUACGCAUGGGCAAAUUCAAAAAGCAGAAACCAUUUUACAGUAUUGUGGACUGUUUUCUGGACAAAGUGGCGAAGCAGCCGGAUAAGAAGUUUAUAGUUUUUGAGGAAAGCUCCUACACUUACAGCCAAGCCGACAAGGAAAGCAACAAAAUUGCCAGAGCCCUGUCGGCGAGUGCCCAGCUGAAGGAGGGGGACACUGUGGCCCUGUUCUUCGGCAACGAGCCGCAUUUUGUGUGGCUGUGGCUCGCACUUGCCAAGCUGGGAUGCACAGCCUCUCUGCUCAACCACAACAUCAGAUCCAAAUCUUUGCUGCACUGUUUCUCCUGCUGUGAUGCCAAGGUCCUGGUCGCUGGUGCUGACUUGCGAGGGGCUGUUGAGGAGGUGUUGCCCACGUUGAACCAGCAGGGUGUCCGUGUGUUUUUCCUUAGCAAGGACUGUGAUGUGGAGGGCACCGAAUGCCUCGCUAAUAAAAUUCAGCAGGCCUCAGACCAGCCCCUGUGCCCUCAGCUGAGGGCCAACAUUUACAUUAAGAGUCCUGCACUGUACAUCUAUACCUCAGGAACCACAGGGCUUCCCAAGGCAGCUGUAAUUAACCACGAGAGGCUAUGGAUGGCAAGUUUUCUUCAGUCUAUUGCUGGCGUACGCUCAGACGACAUCAUCUAUAUAUACCUGCCUCUCUACCACAGUGCAGGCUUUCUAAUGGGCCUUUGUGGAGCCAUAGAAAAGGGCAUCACUGUUGUUUUAAGACGUAAAUUCUCUGCCUCCAACUUCUGGAAUGACUGUAGAAAGUACAAUGUGACGGUCAUUCAGUACAUAGGAGAGAUUAUACGCUACCUUUGCAACGUACCAAAGAGAGACAAUGACAGAGAUCAUAAAGUCAGAUUGGCUUUGGGGAAUGGGAUAAGGACCGACACCUGGGCUGACUUCUUGCAGAGAUUUGGGGACAUUCGCAUCUGUGAAUGCUACGGAGCGACAGAAGGGAAUAUUGGCUUUGUCAACUACAUUGGGAAAAUUGGAGCUAUUGGCAAAGAGCAUUUUCUACAAAAGAUGAGCUCCCCGUAUGCCCUCAUAAGGUAUGACACAGAGAAAGAGGAGCCAGUCAGAGACUCCAGAGGAGUUUGUAUUGAAGUCCCCAGAGGAGAGACCGGUUUGUUGGUGGCAAAGAUCGGAGAACGAGCACCUUUCAGCGGCUACGCCAAGAACAGGCAGCAGACAGAGAAGAAGAAGCUGAGAGAUGUGUUUGUGAAGGGAGACCUCUACUUUAACAGUGGCGACCUUCUGAAGAUAGACAGUGAAGGAUUUAUCUACUUUCAAGACCGCAUUGGAGACACCUUCAGGUGGAAAGGAGAAAAUGUGGCAACCACAGAGGUGGCUGAUCAUUUGCUCAUGGUGGACUGCUUUGAGGAGGCUAAUGUAUAUGGUGUGAAAGUGCCAGGACACGAGGGAAGAAUUGGAAUGGCAGCACUAAAGCUGAAGGAAAACAUGGACUUUGACAGCAAAGCUACAUACCAACAUGUCAAAAGCUACCUCCCCAGCUAUGCAAGACCACGCUUCAUUCGCAUACAGGAUGCACUGGCAGUAACUGGGACGUUUAAGCAAAUGAAGGUGAAGCUGGCAGAGGAGGGCUUCAACCCUGCUGUCAUCAGGGACCCUUUGUUUUACCUGGAGGACAAUAAAGGCUAUGUACCCAUGACUCAGGAGAUAUUCAACUCCAUCUCAGAGGGAAGAAUCAGACUCUGA